GUGCGUGCGUGCGCGAGGAGUAAGAAAAACUCAAGGAGCCGCCUCACCCAGAGGCCAGAGGCCAGCAGCAGAGCGCAGCGCCCGCGGGGGAUCAGGAGGGGCCGCUCGCCCGUAUAAAAAGGAGCGGCCGGCGACGGCAUCCGCCUCCCCACUCCCACCCCACCCCACCCCACCCCCUCUUUUAUUUUACCCAAACAGCCCCUCGCCUCCACAAGCCAAUCGUCCCCGUCUCGCCCUCCGCCUCGCGCCGCCUCUCCUCUCCCCCUCCCCUCCCUUCCCCUGGUGGUGCCGAGGCUUCCGCGGCGCCUCCGCGGGCGGCAGGAAUAUGGCGGGCAAGUCCAAGGGUGCGAGGAACAAGGCCAAGGCACAGGCCGCCAGCCAGGAUGCCGUCUCGGUGGAGCCGGCGGUGCCGGUCACUGAUGUGGUGGAGGAGGCCAAGCCCGAGAACGGGGAAGUGACCGAUGCCCCUGCUGCCGAGGUCGCCUCUGCUGGCGAGGCAGUCGCUGCGGCGGACGUGGAGAAGGAGGAGGGGGGUGCGGCCGAGGCCGCACAAGCUGCAGAGAAGCCAGCUGAAGGAGAGCUUCAUCUAUACCCUGUCUCUGUUAAGACGCAAUCAGGUGAAAAGCUGGAGCUGCAGCUAAGCCCUGGAGAUUCUGUCAUUGAUGUCAAACAAUUCCUCUUGGACGCUCCUGAAACUUGCUUCUACACAUGCUAUGAUUUGAUAUUGCAUACUAAAGAUGGCUCAACACACCAGUUAGAGGACUACAAUGAAAUUUCUGAGAUUGCAGAUAUAACUGCUGGUGGCUGUUCGUUGGAGAUGGUUGCUGCAACAUAUGAUGAGAGGUCUAUUAGGUCGCAUCUCCGCCGUGUCCGGGAAUUGCUCUCUCUUUCUAGUCUUCAUGUCUCACUAUCGACAUCCCUAGCUUUGCAGCAGGAGUCCGCACAGGCAAAAAAUUCAGAUGCAGGAAAAACAAAAACCGCUCACCAGGAGCUUGAUGGUUUGAAUUUCAUGGAGGAUACUACUGUAGCUCUUACUAAUUUGCUGGCAUCUGCACCAGCAGAAAUCAAAUGUGUGGACAGCAUUGUUUUUUCAUCAUUCAAUCCUCCACCAAGUUAUAGGAGGUUACAUGGGGAUCUCAUCUAUAUUGAUGUUGUUACAUUAGAAGGAAGCAAACACUGCAUCACAGGGAACUCCAAAUCUUUCUAUGUGAAUGCUAGCAAUGGAAGUGUUUUGGAUUCAAGACCUUUGAAACAAUCUCACGAAGCCAGCACUUUAGUUGGCCUGCUACAAAAAAUUAGUGCCAAGUUUAAGAAAGGCUUUCGCGAAAUAUUGGACCGCAAAGCAUCGGCCCAUCCUUUUGAGAAUGUUCAGGCCUUGCUCCCAGUGACUUCUUGGUUGGGAGCUCACCCCGUGCCAGAACAUAGAAGGGACUCAGCCAGGGCUGAGGAUUCUGUUGUGCUGUCAUAUGGUACCGAGUUGAUUGGGGUGCAGAGAGACUGGAAUGAAGAAUUGCAGUCAUGCCGAGAGUUUCCUCAUGCCAAUCCUCAAGAAAGGAUAUUGCGAGGCAGAGCACUCUAUAAAGUGACAUGCGAUUUUGUUGAUGCUGCUGUAAAAGGAGCAGUCGGUGUCAUCAAUAGAUGUAUACCUCCAAUCAAUCCAACUGAUCCAGAGUGUUUUCAUAUGUAUGUCCACAACAACAUUUUCUUCAGUUUUGCUGUUGACUCUGACUAUGAGCAAAUCUCAAAGGACCAAAAGCCAGAUUGCCAAAAUGGUUCUAGCAGAAGUACGCCAGUCCCCUCACCUGAUUUGGGUGCCAAGGCAGUUUCUGGCGUAGCACCUGGUUCAAAAACUGAAGAGCCUAACAGUGUUUUGGAAGGACCUACAGAGGCACAAAUAGCAGACAGUGAGCAGGCGACCUAUGCUUCUGCUAAUAAUGACUUGAAAGGAACGAAAUCUUACCAAGAAGCUGAUAUUUCUGGGCUUUACAAUCUUGCCAUGGCAAUAAUUGAUUACAGAGGUCACAGGGUUGUAGCUCAGAGUAUCAUACCUGGUAUUCUUCAAGGAGACAAGUCUGACUCCCUUCUGUAUGGUUCUGUUGAUAAUGGCAAGAAGAUAUCUUGGAACGAGUCAUUCCAUGCAAAGGUAGUUGAGGCUGCAAAGCGACUCCAUGUGAAGGAGCAUGUGGUUUUGGAUGGUUCUGGCAAUCCUGUAAAAUUAGCUGCUACAGUUGAAUGCAAGGGAAUUGUUGGUAGCGAUGACAGGCAUUAUAUUUUGGAUCUGAUGAGAGUGACUCCUCGAGAUGCUAACUACAUUGGACUGCAGCACCGUUUCUGUGUGUUGAGACCUGAGCUUGUAGCCUCAUUUGUUGAGGCUGAAUCCAUAAAGAAAUCCCCUACGCAGAAAGUUCCGGAUGUUCCCACAGAAUUGAAUGGGCAAGAAUCUGAUGACCAACAUGUCAGGGCUUCUGAUACUACGGCUGCUUCUGUGGAGGAAAAUGACAAGUCUGAUGAAGGCCCUGCUUCUGCACCUGCCGAAAGUAACGACUCAACUGAUGAAAUUCUUUUCAAUCCAAAUGUAUUUACGGAGUACAAGCUUGCUGGCAGUCCUGAGGAGAUUGAAGCAGAUGAAGCUUUGGUUAAAAAGGUUGGUUCGUAUCUGCUAGAUACGGUGAUCCCAAAGUUUGUUCAGGAUCUUUGCUCUCUUGAUGUCUCUCCUAUGGAUGGUCAAACUUUAACUGAUGUGCUGCAUAGCAAUGGAAUAAACGUUAGGUAUCUGGGCAAAGUUGCAGGCAUGAUCAAGGAUCUGCCACAUUUGUGGGACUUAUUUUCGGCUGAGAUAAUUGUUAGGUCUGCAAAGCAUGUUGUCAAGGACAUACUGAGGCAAAGCCCGGACCAUAAUAUUGCACCUGCUGUUGCUCAUUUCUUGAAUUGUUUUUUUGGCAAAGUUUUGGCUGUUGCAACAAAAGGUACUGGCAGUCCGCAGUCGAAAACCCAGAAGGGCCAGAAAUCAAGUCAAUCAGCUUCUUCAAAAAAGGGUCAAUCUGCAUAUUCCCAGCUAACAUCUGACGGAGUUUGGUCUGACAUUAAGGAGUUCGCGAAACAUAAAUACCAGUUUGAAGCGCCAGAUGAUGCGAGGGCUGGGGCUAAAAGAGUUGCUGUUCUCCGCAAUCUUUGCCAGAAGGUGGGAAUAACAAUUGCCGCUCGCAAAUACGAUCUGCAUUCUACUGCUCCAUUCCAAUCUUCAGAUAUCUUGAAUCUCCAACCAGUUGUUAAGCACUCAGUUCCUACCUGUACUGAUGCAAGGAAGCUUAUGGAAGCUGGGAAAAUCCGGAUGGCUGAGGGAACUCUAAAUGAGGCGUAUGGACUAUUUUCUGAAGCUUUUUCUCUACUUCAACAGAUCAAUGGUCCCAUGCACAAGGAUGCUGCAAACUGUUGCCGGUACCUUGCUAUGGUUUUGUACCAUGCUGGCGACACAGCAGGAGCAAUUGUGCAGCAACAUAGAGAGCUUAUCAUAAAUGAGCGAUGCCUUGGUCUAGACCAUCCUGAUACAGCCCACAGCUACGGUAACAUGGCUUUGUUCUAUCAUGGGCUCAAUCAAACCGAACUUGCACUGCGACACAUGUCCCGUACACUGUUGUUGCUGAGUUUAGCAUCUGGUCCUGAUCAUCCGGAUGUUGCAGCAACUCUUAUAAACGUGGCGAUGAUGUACCAGGAUGCGAGCAAUAUGAGUACUGCUCUUAGGUAUCUUCAAGAAGCACUUAAGAAGAACGAGCGCCUUUUAGGCCCAGGUCAUAUUCAAACAGCAGUUUGCUAUCAUGCUCUCGCAAUUGCAUUCAGCUGUAUGGGUGCAUACAAGCUUUCAGUUCAGCAUGAAACCAAGACACAUGAUAUACUGGUAAAACAGUUAGGGAGUGAUGAUUCACGAACAAAAGAUUCAGAAAAUUGGUUGAAUACAUUCAAGGAGCGAGAACAGCAGGUUAUUGCGCAGAAGCAAAAAGGCCAGGUAACUGCCCCCUCUGCUAACGCUGUUGAAUUCUUGAAGGCUCAUCCUGGAUUGUUCCAAGCAAUGAAGGCAGCUGCAAUCCAAUCUGGUGGUGAUGGACCAGCAAAUGUCAACAGAGGAAGAGGAGGGGACGAGCGUGCUGCUAAGGCGGCCGCAGAAGCCCGAAAAACAGCCGUUGCCAGGGGUGUUAAUCUGCGCAACGGGCCUGCUGCGAGCGUUUCUGACAUCAAUCAAAUUCUCAACCUCAUCAACUCUGCUGCAUCUGCAUCUGCUGCCUCUCCUGCCGCCAAUGCUCAGACACCUGAAUCUGAAGUGCCGCAGUCCAAUGGUACUACCCUGAAUGGCGCAAAGGAGGCUAAGGAUGCAAGUCGACUGGCCGCUAAGGCUGACGGUCAAGCCCCAGUAGGAUUAGGUGCGUCAUUGGAGCUGAAGAAGCAGAAGUCGAAGCAGAAGGCAUAGAAAUGAAUCUGCAAUGGCUGUUUUCUCCUUGCAAUUUUGAACCUCUAGGGUGAUUAUUUUUUGGCCCAUAGGGAUUGUCACGUCCACAUAGUGGCAGAGUAAUUUUAUUUGUGGUGGGGUGGGGGUUCGUAGAAUGAGUGCAAUAAAAAUAAUAGCAACGAGAAUGGGGUGAAGACAAAUUCUUCUGGUGGUACUGCUGAUUGAUGAGAUAAAAGCCUUGCAUGGCUCAUCCUUUUGAGCCCUAAUUUCUGUAAACUGGCUACACCAAUUUGUUUGCUGCACAGAAGUUAACAAGUUGAAGGUUUUAUUGA